AUGCGAACAAACCGCUUCUUCUUUAAUAAGAAAGGGCAAAAAGAAAUCAACACGGAAGCGGAAACUGCAGUUCAGGAAACACAGGAAAUGGGAAGUGACGUUUCCACUGCAAACUACCAGAAAAACAGCUCUGAAAAUGACGCCAGUUCAGAAAUGGAGAAAUCCAAGCGACCACGAACUGAGAAUAUAAAAAGUGCAAAACCAGAAGCUGUAGCAAUCAAGAGGAGAAGAAGUUAUAGUGAAUGCGAUAAUUUGUCAAUUGAGAGAAAAUUUGUACUCUUUACACACACACACACACACACAAAAAACAAGAGCCCACUUAAUCAAUUUUUUUCCGUCAAUAAUGCAGAUGAUGAUGUCAUUCAAGAUUUCUUGUGGAUGGACAGCUGCGCAGUUAUAUCAGACAAAGUGAGUGGUGCAACGAUGGUUUUUCUUUGCCAAGAGCACUUUAAAUCUAAGAAUGAAUUUAUCCUUUCUUUUCAGUAUCUUCUGGCAAUGGUUUACACCUACUUUAGGAGAGCCGAACUGGCGAAACGGGAAUUUAACCGAAUGAAUUUCUUCAUAGCACUGUACUUGGCAAAUGAUAUGGAAGAGGACGAAGAAGAAGAAAAGUACGACAUAUUUCCUUGGGCUUUAGGAAAGAACUGGCGUGACCUGUAUCCGAGUUUCCUUCAAAACAGGGACAUAUUCUGGAGAAAGAUCGGCUACCGCGCUCUUGUCAGCAAACUAACCUGUGAUGAGGUACUGAAUAUGAAUAAAGGGAAAAUUUCACUUUUUCUCCCUUGUUCCCUAAUUUUUUUUUAUGAAAGUUCCCCUUAAUAGAAGACAUAUACCUUGUUCCCUCAAAUUCAUCCUAAAAAUAUCCCUUGUUCCCUUGAAAUAAAUCAUCGUGUUCCC